CCCCAAUUCCACUGCCAAAACUCUUCGCUUAAUUCUCCGGCGUAUACAAGUCGCCGGCAAAAAUGUCGAUGUCGAAGAGCUCCAAGAUGCUUCAGUUCAUAAACUACAGGAUGCGAGUAACAAUCCAAGACGGAAGACAGCUAAUCGGAAAAUUCAUGGCGUUCGAUCGCCACAUGAAUCUUGUUCUUGGCGACUGCGAAGAGUUUCGAAAACUUCCUCCGGCGAAAGGUAAUAAGAAGACGAACGAAGAAAGAGAAGAGCGUCGUACGCUUGGUUUGGUUUUACUUAGAGGAGAAGAAGUGAUUUCGAUGACUGUCGAAGGUCCACCGCCACCUGAAGAAUCUCGCGCCAAAUCUGGAUCUGUAACCGCUGUGGCUGGUCCCGGAAUCGGUCGUGCUGCUGGACGUGGAGUACCUACUGGUCCAUUGGUUCAAGCUCAGCCUGGUUUAUCUGGUCCUGUUCGUGGAAUUGGUGGACCUGCUCCUGGAAUGAUGCAGCCUCAGAUCUCUAGACCACCACAGAUUAUUCGUCCUCCGGGACAAAUGCCACCACAGCCUCCUUUUGCUGGUCAAGGAGGUCCUCCUCCACCUUAUGGUAUGAGACCACCGUAUCCUGGUCCACCACCGCCUCAGUAUGGUGGACAGCAAAGGCCAAUGAUGAUUCCUCCACCUGGUGGUAUGAUGAGAGGACCUCCUCCACCUCAUGGUAUGCAAGGACCGCCUCCUUCUCGCCCUGGAAUGCCUCCCCCCGGUGGUGCUCCGAUGUUUGCUCCGCCUCAUCCUGGCAUGCCACCUGCUCCGCCAAAUCACCAUAAUCAGCAACAUUGAUUAGGUAGCUGUUUAUCAAGUUUUGGAACACUACUUGAUUAUCCUUUAUUAUCUGCUGAUGGUUGCUUGUAAGUGUAGCUUGGCUAUGAUGUGAGAUUUGGUUGAAAUUGAACUUAUUUUGAUUUAGCUUGGACUUGUGUAGUGACUGAAGUUUAUAAAUCAUAAGUUAGCUGCAGUCUCUACUAGUCUGCUGAUAGUUUAUUUGUGAAACCUUUAACUUACACAAAAACUUUCUUGUAACUUGAACUGAUAACUUACACAGAAAUUCUACUUAAUUAGCCUUUAUAAUUUAUCAGCAAUUUCUAGUCUGCUUGGCCAUGUGUGAUUUGUGUGGAAUUGAACUUGUCUUGAUUAGCUUGGGCAUGUGUUGUGAGUAGUAGUCUGCUCAUGACUGUCUUAGCUUGCACAGUUUCUAGGUUGUUGAUGAGUGCUUUGUUGUCAGUUGCUUUUCUUCUUAUGUUUCCUUAAGAGUAUGAUCACUUUAAAAGGUUUGUUACUAUAAAGCAUUCUAGAAUCAUCACAUUGUGAAUCCUGUAACUUACACUCAGAAACUCUCUUGCCUGUUGUUCUAAUGAGUUUGAAAAACCCUUAUUACACUUUUAGAAGCAUGAAUAACUCAUGAUGAACUUCUCAGUUCACUUUUAAACGUGUUUAAUAUCUUCCCAACUAGUAGAACCUUUAUGAUCCUUGUUUAAGGUUUGUUCGUGAAUUUUGUUUUGGAAAGCUGUAGAUGUUGUAGGGUUCAUUAGCUAUAUUGGAAGAACUUGUGGAUACAUCUUUUUGCCCUUGCUCUCUGUUGGCAUAUGAUAUUGGAUGAUUUUUUUUUUUUAAUAUCUCUGUUAGAAAGAUCUGCUAAGUACAAUUUUCUCGAUCUGGAUUGUAGGAGUCACUUCAUCUACAACG